CAUGACCCUCUUCUCUAUCGCUCGCCGGUCGUUCUAUUCUUACUUUCUAUUGAUUUUUUGGCACUACUAAAGCAUCUUCCCUGUCGACCAAGCUUGGUCAGAUAGGCAUGUGGAGCGCAGUUCGACGAUCGGCCAGCCCGACCCCAGCAGGAAUCAGCCCUCUGGUUCUUUUCUGUUUUCCUGUUUGGUGGAGUUUGGCUUUAAGCUUAGCAGACGGGGAAGGGAAGAGGGGGAGGGGGGGCGGCGGCCACGACGAUCGAUCAGAAGUCAGAAUCUCACAGAAAGGAAGGGGGGGGCACAGGAGAUUUGCACGUCACUUGGUUCAUUCAUCCUUUUUUCCCCACGAUACUACAAACUGUCAUGACGCCGACAUGACCACUCCUUGAACGACAGAGGAAUUGUCAGACAUUAUCCUAGUCGCAGCCAGGAUUUCCCAAAAACACCCGGGGAUGGCUC